ACAAUGUCAUAGAAAUGAAUACUUGAUGGCCAACCGACGUACCAUUAUCCACAUUUAAUGUCAGUUUCAUUGUGGACUUUUCACCAGGCUGUGCUCGAUUUGAAGUCAUCGUCACUCUUAAAGGGACAGGCUUUCUUACGUGUGAAUAAAACAGAAAUUAAUAUAGAACUGUUGUUUCCGGUCAACGAACAUGUUGUAAUUAAUGUUGUUGUACUGUACUGGAAGUAAUGGCUAACUAAUGUAAUUGGUUCAAUUAAGAAAAUUAUAAUUUGAAUCUGAUUGGGGUGACAAAAUCCUACAAAACCUAUAGGAUCCAAACUGAUUACUUUUGAUUUCCAAUAGGAAAAAAAGUAGUCCAAUAGGAUUCUGAUUAAGGUGAUACAAAAUCCUAUAGAAUCCUAUAGGGUCCAAUAGGAUUACUUUAGAUUCCCAAUCAAAAAAUAUAAUUCCAAUAGGAUUCUGAUACAGGUGACACAAAAUUCUAUUGGGAAAAAAUCGCUAAUCCUAUAGGAUUUUUUUUGACUAGGGCCAUGUUGCUCCAUAACAUUGUCAUUGAAAAUAUUAAUGUUGUUUCCAACUACCAAACAGCAACUGCGGCGUAAAUCUAGUUACAUAUUGAACGUUUAGAUUGCGAAAGUCUCUGGCAAAUGACAGGAGUGACAAGGAGUGGAAUAUCAGCUAAAAAGACUGGUACCCAGACCAGCGAGCUGCAGCUACUCUUGUCGUUGAAUUAGUCUCGACUGUUCGGUACAUAUGCAUUCCAAAUUACGUUAUUGAUUAUUACUGCGAUCAAUAACGUCACAAAGGUAACACACUGAUUGAAUGCGCCUCACCCUGGCGCUUCAAAACUGUCAGUGGUCGGGACACAGAGCUUUCGGUUUUCGCAUGUUACAGUUAGGCCAACAGCAUGAAGUAAAAAGAUGGAUAAGGACACUUUCAUCGAUCCCAUUCUUCCAAGUGAGGGUCCUGCAAAAGUCGCAAAGUUGAUCAGGGUGAAUGAAGAAGGGAAAAAGAAAAAGUCUUCCAAAUCAAAAAACACCUCUCCAGGUAACCCUAAAUCGAAAAAGUCAUCCAAAUCAUCUAAACCUUCAACGGAGCUUGAUGAAGAGUCGUCGAGUCCAAAGGCUAUAAAGGGUAUCGUGAAGUGCACCAAGGCUGUAGUCAUCGAUGUCGGGACAGGAUACCUGAAAGCCGGGUUUGCUGGGGCUGAUGCGCCCUCUUGCGUAAUUCCCAGUGUUGUGGGUUUUGUGCGACAAGGCCCCUUGGAUUAUAAACACGGCUAUGUGGGGAGGGAAAUCCUAGAAAAGCGAGACAUAUCCCACGUCAGCCCGGUGCAUAAUGGCAUAGUAACAGAAUGGGAUGCCAUGGAGAGACUGUGGGAAUACGCGUUCAAAACGCUGGGUAUCCCAAGCGAGGAGCACGCAGUGCUUUUAUGUGACCCUCCUCUUAGUCCGACCACCAACAGAGAAAAACUCGCCGAAAUCAUGUUCGAGAGCUUCAGCACUCCAGCAAUGUUUAUUGAAAACCAGUCCGUUUUAUCCAUGUAUUCCUAUGGUAGAACCAGUGGACUGGUUUUGGAAUGCGGGCAUGGAUGCUCUUACGCAGUCCCCAUUGACGACGGCCACUACAUGCCAAGUUACACCUGUCGUGCAGAAUACGCAGGACGAAGCCUUGACCUUUACUUACAGAAGUUACUGCAGGAGUCUGGAAAAAUAUUUUCUUUUGACAAAUUAGGCCUAAUGGAUGACAUCAAGUCAAAAUGUUGCUAUGUAGCCCCUGAUAUAGACAUAGAACUAAGAGAAAGUGACAUGGUGCAAUACAAGCUUCCAGAUGGGAAUUCUAUCUCAUUGGGAAAUGAGCGUUUUCUUUGUCCAGAGGUGCUAUUCCAGCCAAAUCUGAUUGGAUCCCGUGAGCCAGGACUUCCUAUUAUGGUCAUGAACUGUAUCAAUAAAUGUGACAUCAGACUGAAGAGUGACAUGCUACAGAACAUCCUAAUAUGUGGUGGCUCCACAAUGUUCAGUGGUCUUCCUGAACGGCUGCAGAGCGAGCUCAACCAGAUAGCACCACACGGUGGGACUACCAUUGUGGCAUCCCAGGAGCGUCAAAACACAGUGUGGCUUGGAGGUUCCAUCCUUGCCUCCCUGUCCUCUUUCCAAUCACUUUGGAUUCGGAGGAAAGACUAUGAGGAGAAAGGGCCGUUUGCCAUUUAUCGAAAAUGUUUCUGAAAGCUACUUAUGUGCCUUUAUGGUUGGCAAAUAAAACAGUAAAUUAACUAAAUUGAA